GGGCGGGAAGAAGCAAAGAGGUAGCGAACCGUCGCUGGCAGAGGGUUAUACAGACACCGCCCGCGGGCCAAUGGUGAAGCGGCGAGGCCGGAGUGGAGGGGGCGAGGAGCGGUUCCGGAGCAAGUGUGGCCGGCAGUGGCCUUUGCCCGGGGGAUGAGCUCAGAGAAAGGGAACGUGUCGCGCACGCGGCCCCAGCGGUACCAGAACGCGCACGCCUUCAGGAACGACAAGUACGACACCAGCGCCCGGCGCAAGAAAAUAAAUGCUAAGCUGCAUGAUGGCGUGUGUCAGCAUUGCAAAGGUAUCUUGGAGUGGCGUGUAAAAUUCAGCAAGUACAAACUACUAUCAAAACCAAAAAAAUGUGUGAAGUGCCUCCAGAAGACUGUAAAAGAUCCUUACCAUAUUAUUUGUCGACCAUGUGCUGGUAAACUAGAAGUUUGUGCGAAAUGUGGAAAAGAAGAAGAAAUAGUAAUUCCGAUUAACAAGGGACAAGACAGAACUGAGAGUGUGACUACUAAAAAUGACCAAGACAGCAGUGGAUUGGAGGACAAGCUGAAUUUUGAUGCAAACUUCAGUAGUACAGACAGUGAUGAAGAUUCUGAUGUACUUGAAGAACGAUUUAAAAGUAUGAAUUUUCAAAGGACAGAGAUCUAAAAGGUUGAGUUUAUAUGAGAGGCAAUAAAAAAUGGUGAACCAGUGUUUACCUUAAACUGCUCUGAAAACCUGUUUUGCCUUCUAAAGUCCUUGCAUAUAGACCUUGGUACUGUAUUUUGACAUAUGUUGGGAGUUUUGUAUAAAUAAUUUUUUUUUGUAUUAAGAGCAGAAUUUCUUGUUAAAACCUUCGGAAAUUGAAUCUUUAAGCAUAUUUAUUUCUUACCUGUAAACACUUACUGUUUCUCUGGAAUAAAGCCUGUUUGUGUAAUUGUUAUAAAUUCAAUAUUACGUGACUGUUGUAUUGCUACUUGGAAAGCUCUGUGAAAGUCUAGAAUAAAUACAGUGUCUUGUCAUACAAAGGAAGAGCUAAACCAACUGUAAUAGUUUGCUGAAGGAAGAACUUGUGAUUUCUGUCAAUGAGUUUCCAAACAGGGUCAAAAUGCCAAGUGAUCAUUACCCUUCACCCUCUUGUUUCUUUUCUGUGCUAAAAUGGCCCUGAGUGCCAUCACCAGUACAAUAUAUAAGUAUGCAUUACAAAUUUGUGACCUUGUUACUACUAAUGUUUUGAGAAUAAACAAUCUGAAGACUA